AUGUCGGAUUUGGACGGAUCCCUCACUUUGAACGGGUCGGAUGUUUCUUCAGCCCUGCACUCGGCAUCCUCGCCCACUGACGCCAACAUGCCCACCACGGAAGAAUCGGUGAGGAGAAUAGAGGACUUGAAGUUCUUCCUGGCAACAGCACCAGCCAAUUGGCAAGAGAACCAGAUCAUCAGGCGAUAUUUCCUGAACAGGGAAGAAGGUUUUGUUAGCUGUGUUUUCUGGAAUAAUCUCUACUUCAUCACGGGAACAGACAUAGUUAGAUGUGUGGUUUUCAAGUUCGAGCACUUCGGAAGGAAGAUAAUAGACCGCAAGAAGUUCGAAGAGGGUAUCUUCAGCGAUUUGAGAAAUUUGAAAUGUGGCCGAGACGCAGUCUUGGAGACUCCUAAAUCGGAUUUUCUACAGUUUCUACAAAAGAAUCAGUGUCUGAGGACCCAGAAGAAACAGAAGGUGUUCUUCUGGUUCAGUGUGCCCCACGAUAAGUUGUUCACAGAUGCGCUUGAACGUGAUCUAACCAAAGAGCAGAAGGACCAGGUUGGAUCUACGGAGGCAGUGAGGGAGCCAGCAUUGAGUUUUGCUUAUAACCUAUCUACGGGCUCGGUUCCCCUGUUUGACCAACUCUCUUCUCAUCUUGAUCAAAAGAAGUACAAAUAUCCAGCCGGUGCCCAGGAGACUCAAGAUACUGUUUCAGGUGGAGAAACACCACUGGAAUUGGACCAAGCGCAACUUUCUGUGGAUCUGGCCGCUCUCAAACCGGUCAACGAAGAGAGCUAUGCCUCCCCAUUGCAAAUAGGCGUUGGUUCGGGCGUGAAACAUCACCGAAUCAGCCUUUCAGGUGAAGUGGAUGACGACUUCCCGCUGGACUACUUCUUUGCUGAAGGCGCUGGCGAGUACUCGAAUGCUUAUCCAGUGGAAGAAGUGCAGCCGUUUGGCCUAUUUGGUGAUCCGUACAUAUCGUAUGGCCAGCCGCAUCCUACUAUGUUUGUAGAUCCGGGUUAUUCAGCGGGUCUGAAUAGGGGCGUCUACGGCGGUGACCCAUAUCUUCUUGAGCAGACUACUCCGGUGGUCCCUGUGUCAAUGUCAGCCACGCCGAGAGCGAAGGUCAAGCUGGAAGACCCGCACGAAAUGCAGAAAAAUUACAUUCCCGAGGGAUUAGUUGGUGGUUAUAAUGCCUAUGACGAUGAUUAUGAGCCUUUGGUUGGAGCCAAAUAUCCAGAGUACUACUAUGCUCAGCCAGAAGAGUAUGCACAGCCAAAGUACUAUGCCCAGCCUAAUACGGGAAUGUCACCUUAUUUCGUGGCUUCUCCGCAGGUUUUCUCGCCGUACGUUCCAAUGGCAGAGUUGGGAACUGGAUUUCCGCCUAUGAGAGCAACCAUCCCAAGUGCAGGUAUAAAACCCGCUGGUUAUGGACUUCAGUCUAGAUCCAUGAGGGUUUCUAGGCCUCAAUCGGCCUUACACAUGCCUGCAUCGAAAAUUUCCAAGAAUUUCAGCAAGAAACCUGGGAAGGCCAAGCUGAGCAACCCAAAUCUUCAACAUGUGGACCUGGAGACCGUAUUCAAUGGCGCAAAGGCCAGGGACGGUACAUAA